CUUAACCACGGUUAGUUUUUUAACCCGUCUCCUGUCGCUCAGGGUGAACGGCUAAUUGGGAGGGGAGAGCGAGGUUGCCUCCGUAGGGAGCGGAGUGUGGAGAGGGAGAGGGAGAGGGAGAGCGCUAGGGUUUGGAGGGAUCCGAUCCUCGAUUGCGCAGUGGAAUCUCCGCCAUACGAUCGUGCCGGUGAUCGGAGCAUCGCCGCUGGUCGUUGGUCGCCGGUCCCGGUCGCCGUCGCCGUCGCCGUCCCCGUCGCCGUCGCGCCAAGGGCGUAGGAAUCGGCGCUCGGCGUUCUCGGUCCCUCUCGAGCUUGGGCUGCCGCCACCACCGGAUCUACGCCGCUGGAUUUGAUUCUUCUUACCCUUGCCGCGUGACAUGAUGGCUCUCUCAAUGUGAGGAGGGUGAGACAUCUUCAUCCUCCUCCUCAUUGAACAUCGUGCUCUCUCUUGCUCCCAUUGUGAGAUUGGCGGUUGGGAAUUCAAUACGAAUUUACUAAUUUCAUGAUCGAUUGCGCUCCACAUCUUCCUCUCUAUAUAUCUGCACCUACAUCAGUGCCCGAUCUUCACUUGAGAAAGAGGAGAAGGAAGAAGUGCUUCUUCUCUGCCUUUGCCCAUCGUUUUUGCCGACCUCACUUCCUCAGCUCUUCUGUUCCAUGUCUCCUAACUUGGAUAGCCCUGUUCAGACACAGAUGGCUGUCGAAGUUUUGAACCACUCCUUCAGCAGCGAAUAUCACGGCAAGAACAAGAGCGAGGGAAGACCUGCUAGUUGGAAACGCGUAUUUGUCCAAACUGAUACCGGCUGUGUGUUGGGCAUCGAAUUAGACCGUGGAGACAAUGCCCACACUGUUAAAAGGAAAUUGCAGAUAGCCCUUAAUGUACCCACCGGAGAGAGCGCACUUACGUACGGCGACCGUGUCCUCAAGAAUGAUCUCAGCGACAUCCGCAAUGACUCCCCGUUGCUGCUCACCAGGAAUUUCUUGCAUAGGAGUUCCUCCACCCCCUGCCUCUCACCUACAGGGAAGGACCUCCAGCAGAGAGAUCGGAGUGGUCCGAUUGAAAUCCUGGGGUGCUCGAGCCACUUCUCCAAGAUGAAGCCCCUCGUUAAGGAUGUUGUAAAAGCAAUCAGAAGUGGUGUCGACCCAAUACCCGUUCACAGUGGCCUGGGGGGUGCAUACUACUUCAGGAAUAGCAGGGGGGAGAGUGUCGCCAUAGUUAAGCCAACUGAUGAGGAGCCAUUUGCACCUAACAACCCGAAAGGAUUUAUUGGAAAAACUCUUGGGCAGCCGGGCCUUAAAAGAUCAGUGCGAGUUGGGGAUACAGGGUUUCGUGAAGUUGCUGCGUACCUCCUCGACCAUGACCACUUUGCCAAUGUUCCUCCCACUGUAUUGGUCAAGAUUACUCACUGUGUGUUCCAUGUUAAUGAAGGUGUUGAUGGUAAAAAUAAUACUAAUAGAGUUCAUGAAAGAAAGCCACGAGCUGUUAGCAAGAUCGCAUCGUUCCAGCAGUUCAUUCGUCAUGACUAUGAUGCCAGCGACCAUGGAACUUCGAGCUUUCCUGUUUCUGCCGUGCACCGGAUCGGGAUACUCGAUGUGAGAAUCUUCAACACGGACAGGCAUGCUGGGAACCUUCUAGUGAGAAAGAUCAACAGUGGGUCGGGCCAGUUUGGGGUUCAGACUGAGCUGAUUCCAAUUGAUCAUGGUCUCUGCCUCCCAGAGAGUUUAGAGGAUCCUUAUUUUGAAUGGAUCCAUUGGCCGCAAGCAUCUAUUCCUUUCUCCGAGGACGAGCUUGAGUAUAUUGCCAAGUUAGAUCCAAUAAAAGACUCCGAAAUGCUUCGUAUGGAACUACCUGUGAUCCGUAAAGCUUGCCUUAGGGUUUUAGUCCUGUCCACGAUCUUUCUCAAGGAGGCUGCAUCAUUCGGCCUUUGCCUUGCAGAAAUUGGUGAGAUGAUGACCAGGGAGUUCACUGGAAGGGAAGAAGAGCCAAGCGAGCUGGAACUCGUUUGUAUUGAGGCUAGGAGAUUGGUGGCAGAAAGAGAAAUCCUCCAUCCGGAAUCUGAUUAUUCGGGUGACGAUGAUGCUGUCCUAUUUGAUAUUGACUGUGAAGAAGAUCCGGUGACCCCUAAAACUCCAUCUUACAAUUUUGGGUUUAAGGGGGGUAAUUCCAGAAACCCACUUUCAAAAUUAGAUGAGAGCAUAGAGGAGGAAGAAGAGGAAGAAGAAGAAAAUGAGGGCUAUGAAGAGAGUAAUGUGGAAGAGAUUACUCACUUCAAGCCGGUUAAUCAUUUUGGCUCUAAUGUUUCGAAGAUUUCGACUUCACUGAAGGGGAUUAGCCUGGUAGAGAAAACUCAGCGGUAUCUGAGUGGUUUUAACAAGGGUAUAGAUACUACUAGUAAACCUAACAACAGCGGCGGUGGAAGUGGUGGCGGAAGUGGUUUUCUGAGCGGGAACAGGAGAAGUGCUAACGAGCAGUUACCGCCAAGUGCGAGUUUUGUGAAGUUGGCGGACAUGCUCGAGGAUGAAUGGGCUGCAUUUCUCGAGAAGUUCCAGGAGCUGCUUCCCGGGGCUUUCCGGGGCCGAAAGUCGGGGCCCGCCGGUCAGAGGCAGAGGCAGAGGCUGGGCACUUCCUGCCAGUUUUGAGAGAUAUUAUAGGAAUAUUAGAUCAAGAGUAUGUUGUGAUGUUUGUCUGUAGGUGUAAAGAAUGAGUGGCGGCGGGGUUUGAGAAUAAGACCAUCUCGGCUUCUGGGUACCUCGGGAGAGAGUGAUCGAUGUUUAAAAUGGAGUUGCAAUGCGGUUGUGCGGUUUUGUAUAUAUUUCUGCGUCUCUCGCUAGAUAAGAUAGAUAUCAGGUUAACUUUGAAGGAGGUAAGUGUGAUGACCUUCUUUUUUCCCUUUCUCCUUAUUAUGCCUUCAGCUUUUCGCAAUAAAUGUUCGAUGUUGUGUA